AUGCCUGGAUCCAUACAAACCCCGCCGGGGAAGAUCCUGCGGCUUGAGUUGGAGAAUUUCAAGUCGUACAAGGGUUACCAGUUGAUAGGUCCGUUCAAGGAUUUCACCGCUAUCAUUGGCCCCAACGGCUCCGGCAAAUCCAACCUAAUGGACGCUAUAAGCUUCGUCCUCGGAGUUCGCACCGGUCAACUUCGUGGCUCUCAGCUUAAGGAUCUAAUCUACGCCUUCGAUGACCGAGAGAAGGAGCAGAGAGCGUUCGUCCGCCUCGUAUAUCUGCUCGACGACGGGUUGGAGCUCCGUUUCACCCGCACUAUCACUAGCGCCGGCGGGAGUGAGUACCGCAUCGAUGACAGGGUUGUGAAUUGGGACGAGUACAAUGGAAAGCUUCGAUCUCUAGGCAUACUGGUUAAGGCUCGUAAUUUCCUCGUCUUUCAGGGUGAUGUUGAAUCGAUUGCUUCCAUGAACUCUAAAGAGCUCACUGGACUUCUCGAGCAGGUUUCUGGGUCCGAGGAGCUUAAGAAAGAGUAUGAGGAAUUAGAAGAAAAAAAGGCCAGCGCUGAAGAAAAAGCAGCCCUUAUAUAUCAGAAGAAGAAGACGGUAGGGGCAGAGAAGAAGCAGAAGAAAGCACACAAGGAAGAGGCUGAGAAGCAUCUGAAGCUGCAAGACGAACUGAAAGCUCUGAAGAGAGAACAUUACCUAUGGCAAUUAUAUAACAUCGAAAACGAUAUCUACAAGGCAAAUGAGGAUGUUGGUGCUGAAAAAACCAAUCGUAAAGAAGCCAUGGGAAAGCUGGAGAAGUUUGAAAGUGAGGCAAAGAAGAGAAAGGUAGAACAAGCAGAGUAUCUUAGAGGAAUUGCUCAACGUGAAAAGAAGAUUGCUGAGAGAAGCUCAAAGCUGCUUGGAAGAUACCAACCUGAGCUUCUGAGAUUGAAGGAGGAGAUUGCUCGCAUAAACUCAAAAAUUGAGAGCAAUCGGAAGGAGUUGGAUAAGAUGAAAAAAGAGAAAGGGAAGCAUUCCAAAGAGAUUGAACAGAUGCAGAAAAGCAUCAAGGAGCUGAAUAAGAAAAUGGAUAUAUUAAAUGAGAAAAGACAAGAUAGCAGCAGAAAACUCCCAAUGCUUGACACUCAACUGCAAGACUAUUUUAGAAUAAAAGAAGAAGCUGGGAUGAAAACCAUUAAGCUAAGGGAUGAGAAAGAGGCUCUAGAUAGGCAACAGCAUGCUCAUCUCCAAGUAUUGAGAAAUCUGGAAGAAAAUUACCAGCAACUAAUAAAUAGGGAGAAUGAUCUUGAUGAACAAAUUGAGCGGUUGAAAUCAAGGAAAAAAGAGAUUGAAGAUUCUACUUUGGAAAAUAAGAAAGAAACAACUAAUCUGAAAAACCAGUUGCUUGAACUGCAAGGAAAGCAUCGAGAUGCCAGGAUUGCCUCUGAGAAAUUGAAGACUAGAAUUGCACAAGUAGAAGAACAGUUAAGUGAUCUAACUGCUGAAAGAUACGAAAACGAGAGAGAUAGUAGGCUAACGCAGGCUGUUGAGUCUCUCAAGCGUCUAUUUGAAGGAGUUCAUGGUCGGAUGACUGAUCUUUGUCGACCAAAUCGGAAGAAGUACAACCUUGCUGUUACUGUUGUUAUGGGGAGGUUUAUGGAUGCAGUAGUCGUAGAGGAUGAAAACACAGGAAAGGACUGCAUCAAGUACUUGAAAGAGCAGAGGCUUCCUCCUAUGACAUUUAUUCCUCUUCAGUCAGUACGUGUCAAGCCAAUGCUUGAGAGAUUCAGAAAUUUGGGCGGCACAGCAAAGCUGGUGUUCGAUGUUAUCCAAUAUCCUUUGCAUAUAAAUAAGUGGCGGUCCUCUUUGCUGUUGGAAAUACUCUUGUCUGUGACGAACUUGAAGAAGCCAAGGUUCUUAGCUGGACUGGAGAGAGAUUCAAAGGCAUUUGUUACUGUUGAUGGUAUAGUACUCACAAAGGCGGGAACAAUGACUGGUGGUACCAGUGGUGGAAUGGAAGCAAAGUCUAAUAAAUGGGAUGAUAAGAAAAUCGAAGGUCUGAUGACGAAGAAAGAGGAAUAUGAACUAGAAUUGGAAAAGGUUGGAUCUAUUCGAGAAAUGCAGAUAAAGGAGUCCGAAAUAUCGGGUAAAUUAAGUGGACUUGAAAAAAAGAUUCAGUAUGCUGAAAUGGAGAAGGAAAUAUUAAUUAAUGACAAACUUCCACAUCUUGAGCAAGAGAAGCGGAAUAUUGCUGAAGAAAGUAGACGCAUAACUCUUGAACUCUCUAAGUCAAAAGAUGAGGUUGAUAAGAGGAAUAAAGAAAUCAGGAAGUUGGAGAAAAGAAUCAAUGAGAUUGUGGACCGUAUCUAUAAGGACUUUAGCCAAUCUGUUGGUGUUGCAAACAUACGUGAGUAUGAAGAAAAUCAGCUCAAGGAUGCUCAAGACGUGGCUGAAGAAAGGCUGAGUCUGAGUGACCAGCUUGCUAAGUUAAAAUACCAGCUGGAAUAUGACCAAACCCAUGAUGUGGGGUCACGAAUUCGAGAGCUAGAACCUUUUAUCAGCUCUUUGGAAACUGAUUUGGAAAUAGUAAAGAAGAGGAAGACUGAACUUAAGGAGUUAACAGAAGAAGCUACUAAUGAAAUCAACAAUUGA